AUGCUUCAUUAUUCAAUUUGCCCCUUGUUGAAGGUAAAGGAUCCAAUUUAAUUAGAGAAUUAGUUUUACUUAUUGGUUUAUUAUUAUCUAUCUCAUCCAUUAUUUCAUCUCUUUAGAAUACUAACAAACCUAAGGAUUUACUUUCAAAUCACAUAAGAAAGUCUUAUUCAAUUUUGGUUAAUUAUCUCCUAUCUGCAGAGAUCUAGAGAUUAUUCUGGGUCUAGAACAACAUAAAAAUAAACUCACUUUAUCUUUUCACCUCAAUUUAAAAGGCAAUUUCUCUCUUUCAUUGAACAUAAUAUUGGCUCUAAGAAUACCAUCCUAAUUUAUUUCAUUAGAGAAUAUCUUCUACUCUAUUUUAAGCCAUAUUUAGUUAACAAGUUUGGGUAUAUUAACAUCAUAGAUUAUUUUCAAGUUUGUAAUUCCUUCCAUAUUGGAGCAAUUGGUUAUACCUUAUACCUGUAAUUAUAAAUGCUAUGUACUUAUCCAAUAUUAUCUACAAGAAAAGUGUUAAGCAUAAUAAUAAUUAGAAAUUUAUUUUUGAUCUUCAAGUGA